AUGGCGUCGCCGCAGCCCGACGGCAGUCCGCGCGCAGCGUCGCCCGCCUCCACGCCGCGCUCGCCCGCGCCCGCGCACACCGUGCUCGCCACCAUGACCCCCGUGCAGCCGGCGCACGACUACUACCCGCACAAGGUGGAGAUGGACUCCGACGACGGCUACCCCCCCGAGGCGCACUCGUACCGCCACUCGCCCCACGAGCUCGCCGCCUACGCGCCUGACAACAAGGCACCCGUGCAGCCCGACGUCUACGACCAGGGCAUGGACUCGAUCGACGAGAAGACCCCCAUUGAUCUCAUAUACGAGGACGACAAACAGACCGUUAUCUACACGACCACACCCGACCAGAAGAGAGUGGAGAUGAUAAGCGGGCAGCUGGAGGACGGCCAGCUGGUUAGUGGCGGGGGGCAGCUCGUGGACGGCGGGGUCUCCGUGGUGGUGGGCGCCCCAGGACAGGGCACGGUCCUCGUGCUCGCCGACCACGUCGUCGACGAGCUGGGACAAGUUAUCACAAUACCCAGGAGCGGCCCGGCCGUGUGGGCGGAGCGACGUGCUCACCUUGAACUUGCCGCGAGAGCGCCCGCGCCUCGACACUCGGACGCUGCGAUGUUCAACCAA